AUGCGUAAGAUACAGCAGAUAUACUACGUUGAAAACACUCGUGUACGGCAACACCCCCUUUCGUUGGCUGUCGUGCAGGUGACAUGCUCGGAUUGGACCAUGAUACCGGCGGAGAACCUUAUUUCUGCCGCGGGAGGCACCCCUACGCGCAUCGCUGUGGAGGUGGGCAGGGUGUUGGUUCAGUUGCGUCUUUCUGUCGUACUUGCCGCUCUCUCCGCUUCGUUAUCUUUUGUGCCCACGCCGACGUACCGCCAAAAUGCAAUGCUGUCUGAGCCGUCCCAAGUGCAAGGCGCGGCGUUCGCCCUCCAGAUCGGCGUGGACGCCCUACUGCUAGGGCCGGACCCGGACCUCUGGGAAGCUGCCGUGAGUGCCCGAGAGCAGCGUGGCAUCGACGGCCCCGCGACAGGCGCACUUCCCUCGCCCGCCGAUCACGGCGAAGGCGGAGCUGGGGGGGGGUUGGACGUAGUGGCGCUGUCGACAGGCAGGGUGACGAGGACACGCGAGGGGGGGGUCGGGGACCGCGUGUGCGUAGACCUGAUCCAGAGCCUGAAGGCCGGGGAGGGCAUGCUCAUCGGUUCGAGCGCUAAGAUGCUUGCCUUGGUGCACGCCGAGACUUUCGAGACCGGCUUCGUGCCCGCCAGGCAAGGAGAUUUUUAUUUUUUAUGUUUUUUUGCAGCACCAGAAGGCUUUGUCGCCAGGAUGCGUUGGUGGUGGCGGCGGGGAGGCAUUGGAACGGUGCCAUUUCGGAUCAACGCCGGGCCCGUGCACUCCUACGCACUGCUAGGGGACGGGCGCACCAAACACGCGUGGGCUUGUGAGCUUGAGCUAGAUACAGUUGCUCCUUUUUGGCGUGUCGUUAUCAACAAACUAGUGUUGGUGACCAACUGGAAGGGGGAGUCGAGAAAGGUGGCGAUAGGACGCCUGAAGGUGGAGACGCGUCCGAUGAUCAUGGUGGAGUUCCAAGGCGAGGGCGGGAGAACAGGCCAGCUAUUCCUUCAGCAGGCAGAGACUGUGCGUCUCAUCAGCCCGACCCAACCUGAAGCCACCGCCGAGAAGAGUAAGGACGAUUCCAAGUCAGAAGUAGACACCAGUGGGUCGGGGAGAGGCUGGGUGCCACUUUCGGUUACCAACAUCGAAGGGGGCGAGGACUUGCUGUUGCGGGAGAUCAGCCGAGGGACGCACGUGGGGAGGGCUAUAGAUGCUGUGGUCACGGAGACAUGAGCGAGCAAUUCAAAAACAUUGGGUCUGUUUGUACCGUUUUUUGUUU